CCGGAAAGAGUUGAAUUUGCUUCAUUUUUCACUGCGAGGAUGUCUUGUAACAGCAGUGUGACUCGUGUUCAUGUGUCAUCGGUGGGUCAGACACCUCGAGCGGCAGUCCAUCUAAUGCCCUGUGAAAUUGAACACAAUGGACCAGCCCAGGUCUCACAAUACCUCACUGCUACCAUGAAAGACCGCAAAUAUGAGAAGACGGUGUCAUUCAGGGGGCGUGGGCUGAAGGGGCAGGAGCUCAGCUGUCCACAGGGCUACACUGGCCUUGUGCUGAAGGAGAUCAACAAGACAGGCUCUGACCAGGAGGACAGGACAGUGAAGGUGUCCACUGUGUUUGACAAGGUGAUCUACUGGAACCUGGAGACGGCUCCUAACUCAGAUGAUACAGUUGUGAUGGCGAUGGACUGGCCUGAGCUGGCUGAGGCGAUUCACGGGCCAGUAGACGACUGAAGAAAAAGACAACUCAGUGGAGGCAGACCGGCUUCACCUCCAGUGUUUUUUGGAGUAAAAUGUUCACAGCAAAUGAGAUGAUGAGAUGUAGUGUUUAUAUAUUUGUAUAUAUUCUUUUGUAGUGAAAUUAAAAAAACAAUAAUGUUGAAUCUGUGCAUUGUGUCCAUCACUGAAACAUUACAACAUUUACAAUUUGUUACAGCUGAACAAUGUUUAUUCACAGAGUUUAACAUUUAGAUUUAGCACACGGGCUACCAUGACAACCACUAAAUGAUCAGCUGUCCAUUACGAGUAUGCAGUGUAAAACUCGUGUUUGUAUGGUAACACUGAUACUUUCAGUAUGAUGAAAAAAAACUGUAGUAACAACUAAAAAGUGUCAAACAGUCAUAUAGGCACAAUUUAAGGUUGAAAUAAAACAUUUUAGGAGAAGGCAGAAUUACUGCGUUACUGUUAAAAUGUUCUGUCAUGCUGCAGAAAAAGUCACAUGACCAAGAGGCAAAAUGAAUCACGGUGGAUACUUGUUUUGUUUUUCCUCCUUUAACUUCCACUGAUGUCCUAGCAGGACAGGCUGUAAUUUAAGUAGUGAAAAUACCGACUUUUUUAAAAUCGCAACUUUUGAUUGAAAAUGUAAAUGAUAUUCAAUAAAAUAUGUGAGAAUGAAAUCAUAUGAAGUACGGCUAAUUUAUAGAAGUAGUUUGUCACUGCUGAAACAAAUGCUUGUAAAAUUGCAGCCAUUGUUUUUUGUUUUCUAAAAAGAAGACAGGAAGCACCUUUCCUUAGGAUUUAUCAUCAUACUAUUGCUGCCACUUUUAUAUUUUUGUCACAGUAAGAAAUCUUCCUAAUCAGAUUUUACUGCCCUGUUAGAAGGAGUUGAGAGAAGGCAAAUCAGAGGCCAUUUGGUACAAUUAACUCGCUACUUCAUCAAAAAUAUAUGUGCGCUAUUGAUGACAUGGCCUUAUAAAAACGGAUAUAAAACUGAUGGUAAAAAGGGUGAAGCCCUAGAAAAUGGAUCUAGUUUGACAACAUGAGGGGAAAUUACAUGUUUUUUCCUUUAAAUAAAACAUUAAACCAUACAGUACUACAACAGCUGCAAUCAGUCAAACGUUGCUGGCACAAUAAGACAGUCAAACAAAUUAAAAUUGGUGUAUUUGAUAAAAUAACAUCAUACAACAGGAUAGAUAAUAGAGUUUUCCCUUUGUGUACAACGUGAAACAGUAUUUUCAUAAUUCUCCUGGA